AUGAAAGGCCUUCUGCUGCUUGCCCUGUCUGCUCUGUUCUGCUGGGUCUCAGCUGACAUUCGCUGUAACUCCUGCUACAAGGUGCCUGUGCUGGGUUGUGUGGACCGACAGUACUGCCUUCUGGAGCCAAACCAGCAAUGCAUAACAACGAAUGCUUACCUCGGUAAGAUGUGGGUUUUCUCCAAUCUGCGCUGUGGCACAUCAGCUGAACCCUGCCGUGAGGCCUUCAACCAAACUAACCACAGGCUGGGCCUGACCUAUAAUACCACUUGCUGCAGCAGAGAUGCUUGCAACAGUCCAGCCCCGCGACCCACUUCAGCCCCGGUCUUUGUCAUCCUCUUCAGUUCCCUGGCUGCUCUUGGCCUCUGGCUGCUGCACUGA